AUGGUGAUUAACUAUUACUAUGAAGACACAUUGACUGGGACUACUUCUGAAAUAGACAAGAAGUUCUGGGAUUAUUUCGAUGUAACGCCUACUGCUAGUAAUGUGAAUUUUACGUUAGAGAUACAAGACACUUUGCCUAGGGACCAGGCGGCCGUAUUGGCGACCUAUGGGCUAUUGUUGGCCAUCGGUGGUAUAAGUAAUAUAGUUGUGUUGAUCUCAUUGGCAAGAACGAGGCGAAGGAAGUCCAGAAUCGAUCUGCUGAUGACGCAUUUGGUUCUAGCCGAUGUUUGUGUCACAUGCGGUGUAAUCCCUUUAGAGGGACGGAACGCGAUACGAUACAGGCCAAUUACUGGUCUCUCCCAUGAAGUGUGA